UCGCAAUGUUUCAAGGGGUUCAACCGUUUAUUAUAUGCCAGCGACGAGAAAAAAACAAGAUGUUCCGGAAGGAGCAAAAAAGGGAAUAAUAAAAUCUCCGCAGCCACGAAGGCUAGAACCUCAGGCGUCCUUGGGGUCACUGCAACCAACUCCCGAGCUGACUACUUAUGGAGGAAUCAAGUUAGGAUGGAUCCAGGGCGUCCUAAUCCCAUGCCUGCUGAACAUCUGGGGCGUCAUGCUGUUCCUCCGGAUCUCCUGGAUCGUGGCCCAGGCCGGCACGCUCAUCACCAUGGGCAUCAUCCUGGUCUCCGGCGUCGUGUGCGUCAUCACCACGCUCUCGCUCAGCGCUAUUUGCACCAAUGGAGAACUGAAAGGAGGAGGCGUGUACUACCUAGUGUCGCGGUCCCUCGGCGCGGAGCUCGGCGCCUCCGUCGGCGUGAUCUUCGCGUUCGCCAACGCCGUGGCCGCCAGCAUGAACACCAUCGGCUUCUGCGACUCACUCAACGACCUGCUGCGGGGACACGGCCUCAAGAUCCUGGAUAACGGGGUCAAUGACACGAGGAUCGUCGGAGCCAUAGCGUUGUUGGUCAUGUGCUUGAUUUGCGCUGUUGGGAUGGAUUGGGAGACUAAAACGCAGAACUUUUUAAUCACAAUGAUCGUGUUAGCGAUCACAAACUACGUGAUAGGGGUCGCCAAGGGACCUUCGAGCAACAGUGAUAUCGCCCGCGGUUUCAUAGGAGUAAGCGCGGAGACUAUGAAGGAGAACUCAGUGCCCAAUUUCCGCUACGCUGAGGACGUGCAUCACAACGUGUUCACCGUGUUCGCGAUGUACUUCCCGGCCGUCACCGGCGUGCAGGCCGGCGCUAACAUAUGUGGCGACUUGAGGAAUCCCGCCACCGCCAUCCCAAAAGGCACGUUACUGGCGCUUUUAAUCUCCAUGUGUUCGUACGCGCUCAUCGCACUGCUGUGCGGCGCAGGCGCGCUGCGCGACGCCAGUGGAGACGCCAGCAACGUCACGAAAGCUGCGCUCGCCGCCUGCGCACCUAACUGUGAAUAUGGACUGCAUAAUGAUUAUGAAAUAAUGCAAAAAAUGUCGUUGUGGGCGCCGUUGAUCUACGGCGGGUGCUGGGCGGCCACUCUUUCCACGGCGCUGACCAACCUGCUGUCCGUCCCGCGGCUCAUCCAGGCGCUGGGCAUCGACCACAUCUACCCUGGCCUCAUCUUCUUCUCCAAGCCCUAUGGCAAACAUGGAGAACCAUAUCGAGGAUAUGUGCUAACCUUCUUAGUGUCACUGCUCUUUUUGCUUAUCGCCGACCUGAACGCCAUCGCGCCGCUGAUCACCAACUUCUACCUGGCCUCGUACGCGCUCAUCAACUUCUGCACCUUCCACGCGGCCUUCGUUCACCACAUCAGCUGGCGGCCUACUUUUCGAUUUUACAACAUGUGGGUGUCGCUGUUGGGCACAGUGCUGUGCGGCGCCAUCAUGGUGCUGCUGAGCUGGAUGAUGGCCAUGGUCACAGUCCUCAUCUUCCUCGUGCUCUACCUGAUCGUGCACUACAGGAAACCAGUGGCGGAUUGGGGCAGCAGCACGGAGGCACAGCGCUACGGUGCCAUGUUGCAAUCACUGCGGGAAAUUAACCAGAAACAUAGUGUGAAGUCGUACAACCCGCAAAUCCUUGUCCUGGCCGGGCCGGCGGGGCGGCGGCCGGCGCUGAUGCAAGUGGCCGGUCUCAUCACUGGCGAUACUUUCAGCCUGCUAGCUGAGAUCCAUCAGCACAGGCUAUCCCCGGAGCAGCGUGAAGCACGCAUCGCAUUAACCUACCGAUGGCUUAGCUCAAAGAACGCGACCGGGUUCGCCACGCUGGUGGACGGUACGAAGUUCGAGGCCGGCGCCCGGGCGCUGGUGCAGGCCGCGGGGCUCGGCGGCCUCGCGCCCAACAUCCUGCUGCUCGGGUUUAAAUACGACUGGGCGGAGGCAACCAACACGCAGGGCUAUGUAAACGUUAUACGAUUGGCUUUCGAGCAUAAUCUCGGCGUGACAAUCCUCCGCACGACAAACGAGUAUCGUGCCAGCGAUAGCGUGCCGCCUUCGGAGACCAGCUCAAGUUUGCUCUCCCGAGCCAGCACGAAGGAGAUCCCACUGCUCAUGUACCAAGACUCGGAUUUCUCCUUCGUCGAUACGUUGCCGCUGACAGAUGAAACAGCAAAAAGAGAAUCUACACACGGCAAGGAUAUCAAGACACCAAGCGACUCGAUGAAGAACCUUCAAGCAGGAAGUCACCGGACGCUGGUGUCUUCCGGAACCUAUAAUCCCAUGCAACUUCAGCACGGAAAGUUGGACGCAUGGUGGCUGUACGACGACGGCGGGCUGAACAUCCUGCUGCCGUACAUCAUCGCGACCCGCGGCUCCCGGCAGCCGGUCCGGCUGCGCAUCUUCGCCCUCGCCCGGCACACACGCAACAAGGCCGAAGCCGAGAAACAGUUGAAGAGUAUCCUGUUGAAAUACCGCAUCAGCUACGCGUCACUGACCCUCCUGAGCGGCGUGGGCGACACGCCAGCGCCCGACACCUGGGACCUGUUCCACUCGCUCAUACACAAACAUUCAUCGACUAGAGAAUGUUUAGUCCAGGAGGCUGACCUGAGGAAGUCGGAAGCGAAGACCAGCCGACAUCUGCGCCUGCGGGAGCUGCUGUUCGAGAACUCAGCCAGCUCCUCCUUCGUCGUCAUGAACCUGCCCAAGCCUAGGGAAAGUCUCCCGGCGCCGCUAUACAUGGCAUGGCUGGAGAUGCUGAGCCGGGACAUGCCGCCGAUGCUGUUCGUGCGAGGGAACGACCAACCGGUGCUCACUCAUGAAGCUUAGACAAGCAAUAUAACUCCACAGAUCGUCGUUCACGGUGGAAACUAUUAGGGUAACAUUGGG